CUUCUACCCAACGAACUGUGCCCAGAAGCCAAGACUUACGAAACACAAUCAUGGAUACACUAUCUGAAUUCACACAUACCAAUUAUCCAUGGAGAAGCACUCAAGAAUAUCAAGGCCGCACAAGCCCGCCAAAAGCGAUUUUACGAUAAAACAAAGAAUACA